GGAAAACACAAACACACACCCGCCCCGCUCAGUUGGGCAGCGCGAGAGAGCCGAAUCAGCUGACGGCCUAUCGAUAGCGGUCUAUCGGAGUCGCUCCAACUAUCGCAGCGCCGCCAGUAAAAAAGUGUCUGUCUAAAGAUUAGGCCGAUCUAGACGUGAAUGAGAAAUGGAAAACACUGAGGCGCCGAUAAAAAGCACAAAGUUCAGAAAACUGAGCGAUGCGGACAUGACGGAGGUGCAGCUGAAUAAUUUGGUGGACCCCAAGGAGAAUGUGGAGAUAGGUGGCCAGCAGGGAAAUGAUGACCCCAGCAGCAAUCCCGCUCAGCACUCGAAGUGGUUCAGAUCCAGACUCUUUAUCAUAUCCGUGGUUUUCUCUGCCCUCCUGAUAACAGCCAUGUGCAUUGGCUUUGUGGUGCACUACGGAAUGUCCGGCGAUGUGGGCGACAUGGACACGGUGACCUACUGGCCCGUGAAGCUGCCCAAGGAGCAGCAGGAGUGGUACGACCAGGGAAUCGACGAGCUCAAGAAGGCCGUUGCCAGGGAAUUCAACCGUCGCCGCGCCAAGAAUGUGAUUCUGUUCGUGGGCGAUGGAAUGGGACCGAAUACGGCGACAGCAGCGCGUAUCUACGGAUUCAAGGAGGAGGGGCUCCUCAGUUGGGAGCGCUUUCCGGACAUGGGACUGUUGAAGACCUACUGCGCCGACAAGCAGGUUCCGGACUCCUUCUCCACCGCCACGGCUCUGUUCGGGGGAGUCAAGGUGAACUACGAAACCGGCGGAGUGGACUCGAAUGUGCCACUGGGAGACUGUGCCGCCUCGCUGCAGGAGGAUCACCACGUCCAGACGAUCCUUAAGUGGGCCCAGGUGGACGGAAUGCGCACGGGAUUCGUGACCACUACCCGGGUAACGCAUGCCACCCCGGCUGCCCUGUACGCCCACGUGCCGGAUCGGCGUUGGGAAUGCGAAACGGGAAUGCCGGCAGAGGCCCAGGGUCAGGGCUGCAUGGAUAUAGCCCGCCAGCUGAUCGAACAGCCCACGGGUCAGAGAAUCAAUGUAAUCAUGGGCGGUGGUCGGCAGAUGCUGGUGUCCAAUGUCACCGAUUCACCAGCCGAUCCCCUGGACACCUGGGCCAGCUCGUCGAAGGACGGGCGGGAUCUCAUCCGAGACUGGAGGCUUAAGAAGGAGCAAGAGGGUGUGUCACAUGCCAUAGUCCAAAACAAUCAGGAGCUAUGGAAUCUCGAUGGCCAGCGUGUUGACUUUCUUCUGGGCAUUUUCGCCAAUGGACAUCUGAUGUACGACCACGAGCGAGAUACCAGCGCAUCCGGCAUGCCGUCGCUCUCCAACAUGACCCAGAAGGCGCUCGAGGUUCUGGGCAACAGUGAUAAAGGAUUUUUGCUGGUGGUGGAAGCUGGCCUAAUCGAUCAGGCGCAUCAUCGGGGAAAGGCCCGAAAGGCACUUCAUGAGGUUCUCGAACUGAACAAGGCCGUUGAGUCAACGCUUUCUUUUCUGAAAUCCACCGAUCGCUUGGACGAAACCCUGGUUAUAGUGACCGCCGAUCAUUCGCAUAGCCUGACCAUCAACGGGCAUCCGGAGCGAGGGUCCAGUAUACUGGGCCUUGCGGGCAAUUCGAGGACAGAACAGACGCCCUACACCACGCUGACGUACGGCACCAGCUACCAAGGGUUUCAGGUGGAUCCCAACACUCAGAAGCGCAAGGAUCCAACGGGCGACAAUAUAGCCGACUGGGAGUACACCCAGCAGGCUGCUAUAAACACGGACGAAAAUCUGCACGGCGGAUCGGAUGUUACGAUUCACGCAGAUGGCGCCAUGUCCUACCUGUUCCACGGGGUCCACGAACAGAGCUACGUGGCCCACGCCAUUUCCUAUGCUCUGAGAAUCGGGCGCUUCCGGGACAGCUCCAUCGCCGAGACUCUGGCCGAACUCACGCCUAUAUAGGAGAAGAUAAGCCCAUUAACCCCCACAUAUAUUAAGAAAUAUGUAUUAGGAAAAUAUCUUGCCAAGAUUACAAAAUGUAGAGAUACAAUUAGCAGAAGGACUUAGGCUUAAGAAAUGGUUUACCAAACGCUGCAGAAGCUAAAAGAGGCCUUCAGGCUUGAAUACCAGUAAAGGUUGCAGGAUUUUAAUGUAUGGGAUCGUUGAAUACAAUUUGUUAGGAAAAGUUGAAGUAUGUAUUUUAUUGCCUUUGAUUGUCAUAAAUCUAUCCUACCGUUCGAUUUUUAUAAAACCUCACUAUCUUAACAGGCCAAAUGAAGAUUGCUUUAGAUUCUAUAGUUUAGGAACCAACCGAACGUGAAAGAUAAGACUUGUGUCUGUAAAAUCAAACCUUAUCAAUAAACAUGUUUUCAUUUGA